CUGCCGCUGUACCUUUGUGAAGACGUGUGACUUGGACAAUGAGGGUUGUUGUUGGUUUGCUGUUGCUGCUGCUCGGUCUGUGUGGGUCAGGGGCUCAGGGGGAGGGUGGAGGCCUCGGUGAGGCGGGUGAGAUCAGCCAGUUUCUGGAGAAAGCUCCAAGAGAUGCAGCUGAGGAACCGACCACAAAGCAAACCACCCCUGACAUCUGGGCGGAGGUGAGGGCGCUGAGAGACAUGGUGGUGGAGCUCAAGGUGGAGCUGAGGAACAUGGAGGCCAGAGUGAAGGAUAGUGAGAGCCAUGUGGAUGAACUUAAAGCUGAGCUGAUGGUCACCAAGGUGCAGGUGGAGCUGCUGCAGAGAGAAAACUCUGUCCAAGCCACAGAACUGACAUCUUUUGGAACUAGACUGACCGCCUCCGAGAGCAAAACAAGUGACCUAGAAAAAGAGACUGCAGAGUUGCAGACCAGACUGAACAACAGUGAGAGUGAACUUCUCGUUAGCAAGUCCAGGAUUGAUCAGCUGGAGAGAGAAAAUGCAGAGAGACCAAAGGUGGCCUUCUACGUAGCUCUGACCGAUACAGGACACGUUGGACCGUACAACACAGACAUCACACUGAAAUACAGCAAGGUCUUCACCAACAUCGGUGAUGCUUACAAUCCAUCUACAGGUUUCUUCACAGCACCAGUCAAAGGGGUCUAUUAUCUCCAGUUCACUGUGUAUGGUGGCCGUAAUGGUGCUUCAGGUGUAAAAUUGUACAAAAACAACCAGGGGAUUAUGUAUAAUUACAACGUGAUUAAUGGAGGUGGUAGUUUUUUGACUCACUCUGUUGUCUUGGAGCUGAUUGCAGGAGAUACAGUUCACCUGGUUCUCCCAUUAAGUCAUUCUGUCUAUGACAAUACAGAUAACCAAAACAGCUUCAGUGGCUCUCUUCUCUUCACACUGUAAGAACUGUUUGGGCUGCUGUUAUUGAUUUAUCAUAAACUCUGUUUUUAUUGAAUGCUAAGACAAAUGCCUGUACAUUUACUGCCUGUAUCAAAUAAUGUGAUUCUGAAUCUGACCUCCUUCUUCUGUCAUCAUAUGGAGACAUUCAGAUAAAUUAAAGAUUCACUGAAGUUC